CGCUGCCCUGCGCACGGCGGGCUGGCAUCAGGCCCGGGGAAAGCCGAGCAGGUCUGCGAGUCCGGCGGCGCAGUCCCGGCGGCGCCCUUGGCCGAGAAGCGGGCGGAGGAGGAGGAGACGGCUGGAAGAGGCCCAGCUUCCCUUCAGGCCGACCCCGCAGGAGGAGAGGAUCGCAGCAUGGCACAUGCCCCCCCGGAGAACGACGCGGUGGAGCGGCCGAUGCCGAACGGAGAGGAGGAGCGCCCGUUGGCGGGGGGCGAAGGGCAGCAGGCAGCGGGCAAUCCCCGGAGAGGACCGGCGCGCCGCCUGGCCCCUAAUUUCCGAUGGGCCGUCCCGAAUAGGCAGGUCAACGACGGGAUGGGAGGAGAUGGAGAUGAUAUGGAAAUGUUCAUGGAGGAGAUGCGAGAAAUCAGGAGAAAACUCAGGGAGCUGCAGUUGAGGAAUUGUCUGCGCAUUCUCAUGGGGGAGCUCUCGAAUCACCACGACCACCACGAUGAAUUUUGCCUUAUGCCUUAACUCCUGCCAUUUUUUUUUGUUCCUCUGAAGUUAAUACUGUGAUGCCCUCUGUUUUUCUCUUCCCUUGCUUUUUUUUUGCUGAUAUGCUUUUGACUAUUCCAUGGGCUGUGAAUCUUAUGCAAGUUCCAUGUUUCGGGUGGGUUCUGUGUUACCAGCUUCUGAUGGGAUGAUUGCCUUUGCACUUAGACUAAGUUUCUUUCUGUCGACGAUAGUUUUACCCAUGCAUGGAAAAAUGUAAAGUGAAAUAAAGCAAUUGAAAAGCAA